AUGUGGGCUCUAUCUAGUGAAGUGUGGAGUGUAAUCCAUGGAAUUACGAACAGAAAGCCACUCUCCUACACCAACUACGAAGUGGCACAAAAUUCCUCUUGUCUAGACCAUGAGCAUUACCUUUGCGGCGAUGAACAAUCAGUAUGUGGGAGAUUUGCGCAAAAUGUACUAGGACCAGUGACGGCUGUUGCAUUUGCAAACGGAGUUAAAGCCCGAUUUGGCGAUUUCAAGGUCUGUGCCGAGUCACAAGGCGAGGCUGAUGUUCCGGAUUUCGUUGCAGUACACUGCACAGCCAAGAACCUCCACGCUCUUGAGCAACUAGACUCCAGCGAGGUCCCAUAUUUGAAGUUUGUUGGAGAGGCAAAAACACCUUGGAGGCAUGAUCUGGGCAAAAUUCACCAUGAUUUUACAACCAGAAAGAAAUCAACCAUAGAUCGUGCGCUAGGUAUGUUUUUAUCAGUUGCUAUCCAUGAAGACUAA